GCAAACGAAGACCAAGAUUCGUGUUCGUGUAUUUAUGCUGGUCUGCCAAAAGUAAUCGAAAAUUGAAACUUACUACCUCCUGGCUGUGAAGGUGCUUAUCGUUAUCAGAUGGCGUCGACCGUGUCUAAUGCGUUCACUCGCGCGUCGUUCGUUCUUUCUGUGUUGUUACUGCCUGGAGGCAGGUUCUUCCUUUUCUCCAUCGCGGCAGGUGGUCAUGAAUGUCUUCGAUCGUCGACCUCAUCUUCAAGUCCCCUGCGAAGCUGCCUGCGGCCGCCCGCUUCCUCUUCUGCUAUCCACGAGGAGAGGAUAGUCGCAGCCGCUGGAGGCGAAAAAGAAAAAGCACCAGGCGCAGCCGGCGCGGAGACGGCAACAAGGUGCAACAAGCAUAAGCAAGUGAAUUUGACAUGUACACCUAGAAAAGAUGAAGCAGCGGGAGUGCCGCUGAAGAGUGUUCGCUUUGCGGAGCGGGUUGCUGAAGUCUAUGCCUAUUCGGACUCCCCGAACAGGGAAGCAAGAUCGGGAUGCUGCGCCGCCUGGGACGAUGCAAUAAAUGACUCCGAUUCAUCCUCGGCGUCUGACUCUGGUGGUACGACGGCGCUGCUGGCGCAUCGAGCGCAUAUACGAAACUAGCCCAGGCCCGAGCCCGACCUCCAUGGAUGGAAUAGACAGGCGUGGCGAAGAUGAAGAUGGUGAUCAUGCCACCUCCUUGCGUAGUCCUUUUCUGCUCGAGUUGAAUCAGGUGCAUGGACUAUCGACACCCGGAUACGAAAGGCCCGAGGAAGGAGGCGAAUUCUCGUUAGAUUCUUCAUCCAGCUUGAUUCGUCCCCAGUCCUCGAAGAGAGGCUCACGAGGACGACCUGGCGCACCUUCAUUCCUAUCCACGGCUGCUCCUGACCAACACAAACGGAGCCUUCAGUGCGGUCCCCCAUUGCUGUGUGAAAUAAAACAUGUCGAACAAGACCAAGAAACGCCGGCUGUUGCACUGCAUAGCGCUUUGAAGACAAUAAACGCUAACAUUAACGAGUGUAUGCCAACAUAUGCCACCAGCCAGCAAGACGGGGGAACGAUAAAGAAUACGAAAGCUGCACCAAGUAGACGGGAGUCUGAUGUUGUGCUGGACGACAACGAUACGUUGAAGGGCAGGAAAGGAAGCGACACCGAUGAGCCGGAA